CCACAUGUAAACAACAGACCCGCGAGGAAAUCUGGAGGACACCCGCGCUUCGGCAACUCGGAAAGAUUAUUAGUUUGUGGGGCAGAAAAGCCUAAAGACAUGUCGAAGAAUUCGUCUUUGGUGCUGCAAAAUAACAUCAAGAAUAACUCUGAGGAACUGAAGGAUUUCCUGAACGACCUGAAUAACUGGGAAAAAGAUAUUAAGAUAGUCGACACCCAAUUGGCAGGACAAGCUAAGGAAGGGAAGACAGACGUGGUACCUCCAGUACGAAGCAAGAACAAGCUACAGACUUCUGUGUCAGAUGCCCCCAGAAAGACAUUGUCAAGUGGUGAGAGUAAAAGGAAGAAAAAGGAGGAGGAAGAUAAAGAAAAAGAAAGAAUUAAGGGUUAUGACUAUGCAGCAUGGGAUAAGUUUGAUGUUGAUAAGGCAAUGGAGUCCUCAGACGAGGAUGAGACAACAACUCCCACCACCAAAACUACCACCGUGAAGCUUAGCAAGCAGGAACGAGCCACCGCCCUGAAAGAGGAGGGUAACAAAUGCUACAGUAGUGGACAGCUUGACAGUGCUAUAGCCAAAUACACCCAGGCAAUGGCGUUGGAUCCAAGCAACCCCAUCCUGCCUGCAAACCGAGCAAUGGCUUACAUCAAGAUGGAAAAGUAUGCUGCUGCUGAGGCUGACUGCAAUAAGUGCAUAAAGUUAGAUCCAAAAUACAUUAAGGCCUACCUAAGAAGAGGAACUUCUCGGAUAAAGCUAGCAAAACCAGAGGCAGCAAGGGAAGACUUCCAGAAGGUGCUGGGACUAGAACCAUGGAACAAAGAAGCCAAAAAGGAAUUAGAGAAGCUGAACAAAUUCCUUGCUAGUGAGAAGAAAGGCCAGGUAAUGGACAAGAGCAAGAAAGAGAUAAGGAGGGACAACAGCACAAAGGAUGCUAAAGUGGAGGGAGCAUCACAAUAUAAGGAAAAGACGACACUCCCGGAAGCGUCCAAGACCCGCAAGGAGAGCGGCGAUGCAAAAGAGACGCAAGACAUGGGGAGUGGAUCCAGCAGCCAAGGGAGUAAAACAAAGGCAAAGAAGCUUAAGAUAGAGGAAGUUGGUUUUGUGAAGGAAGAUAAAAGUUCCAGAGAUCCAGAUGUUGUUACCCCCAUCGAAAAGCCACCCCACCUGAGGUCCAUGAAACCUUUGAAGAGAAUAUCAGUGAUAGAUGUACCUACGUCUGAUGCCAUUGGAGAGUUAACCACAAAGGAAACGGACAAACAAGAUAUACAAAAUAGUUCUGUAAAAGUGAAGCCAAAAACCACCAGUGUGGAUAAGUCCCAGACUGCAGAAAAGCCUCCCACCAUCAGUACCAUUCCUCUUCCACCGAGAACCUCACAUCAGUUUACACAGGACUGGUUGAGACUCUCUGCGCAUCAGACUCGCGCCACUGAGUAUUUGAAGACAAUUCCCCCUUCGUUUUUCAACAAUGUGGACUUGGACACUGAUGUGCUGGUUGAUGUAAUAAGAGUAUUGGCAUCGGGAAAUGUUGCAACCUCAGAGGCAGCAUCGUAUUUAACAGCCCUUGCGAAGUCCAAUGAGUUUGCAGUGAACAUCAUGUUUCUGGAUAGUGAACAGAAGAAAGUUCUUCACAAUUUGAUGACGAAGUGCAAGGAGGAGGAGAAAUAUUCUAAAGAGAUCAAAGACUUAGAAAAACUUUUACCAUAGCAUGUACCUCAGCCAGUAUGGCCUGUUAUAUAUGCAUUACUUAGUAUUGGCUUGUAUCUCAUCUUUAUAAUAAAGUCCAGUUUCAUUA